AUGUUGUAAAAAGUGCAUACAACAAAUUAGUCAAUUACAUAGUAAAUUGCAUUAAUAACCAAUUCGAAAGGUGGAGAAUAAAAGAGGAAAAAUAGUAAAUUUACAAUUAAUACGGUUAAAUAGCAGCAGCCUAUAUUAUUUCCCUGCUUAUCAUUAAACUAAAUGAGGCUAGAAAUUGAUAUAUAGUAAGACGUAAUACUUAAAAUAUAAUUCAAUAAUUAAGGCAAUAUUUACUUCCAAUUUUUUCUAUUAAUUAGAAUUCUAUUGUUUUAAGUAGUUAAGAUCACAACAAAAAAUAGGCUUAAGAGAAAUAUUAGAUAAGCAAUUAUUUAAUUAUAUUCAUGUACAUCCACCUUAACUAAAUACCCACAACCAAAAAAAAUUAUUAGUUAUGACAAAAGAAGAGGGAAUAUUCUCACAUAAAGGCAUAAUAUUCUAGCAUACUAAACACUGAAAGGAAGAUCUUUAAAAAAGAUCAAAUAUAGAAAUCCUAAUUAAAAUGUAUCAAAAAGUAAGAAAAGUAGAUGGCGUCGGUUGAUUACAACUAAUGUAAUAAACUUAUCAAUCCCAAAUAAAACGCAAAAUACAAUAAAAUAGGGAUAGUAUUUUGCCUUAAACAUUAUGACAAUUAAAUAUACAUUUAAAAGACUAUAUAAGUAGUAAAAAAAAGCCUAAAUUAUUAAUCCUAUUGUCUUUUUGCCCAUUCUUAAGAGAGUUAAUUUCUAUUCUUAUAUAAGUGAUUUAAUAUCAGUUUACCUCUAAAAUGUGACUACUAAUAAGAAGAAUUUUAUUUUAGCUAUUAUUUUUCUAAAUCUAAUUUUAUUCAAUAUAUAAAAACGGUAAUGUAAAUAAGUGCAAUUUUUUAUCUAUCUCUAUUUGAAUAACUUAUAACAGAGGAUUUUUUAGAUCAUUUAUGUGUGUUUGCAUAUAUGA